GUGCGACUUAUGGACUCACCAUUGCACAUCAAUUGCCAAGAACACAUUGUUCUUACGUGUAAUCUGUGUGAUCACAGCCCAAGUAGGCACGUCUGCAAAUCGCUGGGAACAGCAUUGCUAGGAGUCAAUUGACACGAUCCGAGACGUAUUAAAAGGAUGCCGCAACCGUGCUGUGAUAGCCAAUCUUUCUGCUUCGCGGUUCGCCAUGACCGUGCCCCCAACUUUCUCCGUGACCAGCCUCCUCUGCGGCAUUCUUGCAGUGUGGCUCCUGUCCAAGGUAGUCGAGCAGCGACGUCGACGCACACACACUACGUCGCUCGCUGGACCACCCAACCCGAGUCUGGUCUUCGGCGCUAGCAAGCUCAUCAGCGACUUGGUGGACGCGGGUGACCUGUAUGAAGAGUGGUCGGAGACGUAUGGCUCUGUGUACCGUGUCCCUGCUGCUUUCGGGAUGUCGAAAAUUGUGCUGUGCGACCCCAAGGCCGUCUUGCAUUUCUUCUCCCGGGAGACAGUCGGAUACGUCCACACGACCAUGAUGAAGAACGCAACUGAGAACAUUUCCGGCCGUGGUAUACUCUGGGCUGAAGGCGAGACACACAAGAGGCAUAGGAAGGCGUUAUCACCCGCUUUCAGCAAUGCAGCCAUUAGGAGGAUGACGUCUGUAUUCUACGAUUCAGCGUACAAGCUGAAGUCUGCAUGGGAUAGUGUCAUCGAAGCAGAUCUUGGUGCCGAAUCAGCUGUAAUCGACGUCCAGCGGUGGAUGAACCACGUCUCACUGGACACUAUAGGAAUCGCGGGAUUCUCGCACGACUUUGGAACACUACUCGGCAAGCCCUCCGCCGUCGCAGCCACCUUCAACGACUUCGCGAAUCUGAAGCCCAGCCUCCUAGGAGGGGCUAUGCAGUUUGUCGUGGGCGGGGUGUUCCCGUGGGUCCUCAAGCUUCCUACGGACUUCCGAAAGCUCGUCGACAGGCUGAAUGCAGGCAUGGGAGAGAUCGCCCAGGAGCUUUUGGAGAACUCGCGGAAGGAGAGCGAGGGUGAGAUCAAGACGGAGGAUAAAUCUAUCAUCGGGCUGCUGAUAAAGGCAGAGAUAACCGACUCCGAGCUGCACAUGUCAAGCGAUGAAGUGUUGGCGCAGAUGAAGGUCUUAAUGCUCGCAGGCUAUGAAACCACAUCCAUCAGUCUCUCGUGGUGUCUUCUCGAGCUCUGCAAGAAUCCAGAGGUUCAACAGAAACUGCGUCAAGAGCUCUCGCAGUUCGGUAGCACCGAUCCGACUUGGGAUCAAUUGACCAACGUGCUCCCAUACCUCGACGCCGUCGUGCACGAAACCUUGCGACUCCAUCUGCCCUUGCCGGAGAGCGAACGAGUGGCCGCGGAAGACGAUAUUCUUCCCCUGUCGCUUCCAUUGAAGACACCCGGCGGAGACACAGUGGACAGUAUCAACAUUGCGAAAGGCGAAGUCGUCGUAGUUCCGAAGCACAUGAUGAACAAGUCGAUCAGGUUCUGGGGCUCGGAUGCGAAGGAGUUCAAACCCGAGCGCUGGCUCAACGAAACCGGUAUUCCGGAGCGAGCCCAGGAGAUCUCAGGACAUAGGCAUCUACUCACUUUCUCGGAUGGCGCGAGGCUCUGUCUCGGGCGACACUUUGCCCUCGCUGAAUUCAAGGCUGUUCUCUCUGUUAUUAUCAGGAACUAUGCGUUCGAAUUUAGAGAUGGACCCAACACGAGGACCGAGAUCAAGCGCGGUAUCCUGCCUCGGCCGUGUAUUGCUGGAGAAGAGGGCACGAAGCUACCCUUGAGGGUGCACCGUCUGAAUUGAAGAGGUUUGCCACUCAUCGCAGGCUUGUCAGUCGUGGACGUUUGGACACGGGCUUGUACUGUCGCGGCAUCGAGCAUAAUGAAUCCCCACUCUUACCCCUAACAUUAUAGAGCGGAAAAUGCCAAUACUGAUCACAUGAUCGUGAAGGCAUACUCACGCGCGUGCCGGUGCAUGUUCAUGUUCAAGUUGCGCCACAGCUGUUCACAGUCCGAACGCGUCCUCCAUUUACCAGUUCAUCAAUAGUUGAUUCAAUAGCACACCCACAACAAUCAACUUCAAUGGUAUGCAGGUGCUAAGUCCCUCCUUAUUAA